GGCAACUACCGCCUGCUGCGCACCAUCGGCAAGGGCAACUUCGCCAAGGUCAAGCUGGCCCGGCACAUCCUCACCGGCCGUGAGCUCUUCCGGGAAGUUCGCAUCAUGAAGGGGCUGAACCACCCCAACAUUGUAAAACUCUUUGAGGUCAUUGAGACAGAGAAGACGCUGUACCUGGUGAUGGAGUAUGCCAGCGCUGAUCGUCUCGGCCGUGCACUACUGCCACCAGAAAAACAUCGUCCACCGGGACCUCAAGGCGGAGAACCUGCUGCUGGAUGCUGAUGCCAACAUCAAGAUCGCCGACUUCGGCUUCAGUAACGAGUUCACGCUGGGCUCCAAGCUGGACACCUUCUGUGGGUCCCCCCCCUACGCGGCUCCCGAGCUCUUCCAGGGCAAGAAGUACGACGGCCCCGAGGUCGACAUCUGGAGCCUGGGCGUCAUCCUCUACACCCUGGUCAGCGGCUCCUUGCCCUUCGAUGGCCACAACCUGAAGGAGCUGCGGGAGCGGGUGCUGCGGGGCAAGUACCGGGUGCCCUUUUAUAUGUCGACCGAUUGUGAGAACAUCCUGCGCCGGUUCCUGGUCCUGAACCCGGCCAAGCGCUGCACCCUCGAGCAAAUCAUGAAGGACAAGUGGAUCAACAUUGGCUACGAGGGCGACGAGCUGAAGCCCUAUAAAGAGCCUGAGGAGGACUUUGGGGACGCCAAGCGCAUUGAGGUGAUGGUGGGUAUGGGCUACACCCGAGAGGAGAUUAAGGAGUCCCUGAGCAACCAGAAGUACAACGAGGUUAUGGCCACCUACCUCCUGCUGGGCAGGAAGAACGAGGUGGAGGCAGGUGAGUCGCGUACAGGCAGCAGCCUCUCCCUGGCCCGGGUGCGGGCACCCAGCGAGACAGCCAACGGCACCGGCAAGGCAUCCUCGCAUGGCAAGAGCCAGCGCGGUGCCACCACCUACCACCGGCAGCGGCGGCACAGUGACUUCUGCGGCCCCUCGCCGGUGCCCAUGCACCCCAAGCGCAGCCCCACCAGCACGGGUGACACGGAGCUGAAGGAGGAGCGCAUGCCCACCCGCAAGGCCAGCUGCAGCGUGGUGGGCAGCGGGCGUGGGAUGCCCCCUUCCAGCCCCAUGGUCAGCAGCGCCAACAACCCCAACAAGUCCGAGAUCCCCGACCGGCACAAGGAUGGCGCCAUCAACACGAACAACCUCCCCUCGAGCGUGAUGGCGCGCAGGAACACCUAUGUCUGCACCGAGCGCCCGGGUGCUGACCGCCAUUCACUGCUGCAGAAUGGCAAGGAUAACAGCUCCGUCGCCGGUCGGGUGCCCCCAGCAUCACCUUCCAGCCACAGCAUCGCCGCCGCCUCCUCAGAGCGGGCCCGCCUGGCGCGGGGUACCACCGUCCGCAGCACCUUCCACGGCGGGCAAGUGCGGGAUCGGCGAACGGCUGGGGGUCCCAACGGGCCCCCCGCCUCCCCAACACUGGCACCUGAGGCUUUGCCGCUGCCCCAGAGCCGCUCGCGGGCCACCUCCAACCUCUUCAGCAAGCUGACCUCCAAGCUGACCCGCAGGGUCACUCUUGACCCCUCUAAGCGGCAGAGCUCUAAUAGGUGCGUCUCGGGCACCCCCACGCCUCCAGGAGCCAAAAUCAGGUCGCAGACGAACCUGAGAGAAUCGGGGGACCUGCGCUCACAAGGUGGGUACUGA